AUGAGCGCACAGCCUUCGUCUGCACUAGGUCCCGACGCUUGGGAAGAAGAUUGGGAGAGCCAAGCCGAUAGAUUGUCCACCGAACCGACCCCGCCGGAGGCGGAGAAGAAGAUCUCUUCUAAAGUCUCCAAAGCCCAGCGCAGAGCAAAGCAAGCCGAGUUUAACCGCCAACUGUGGGCCGAAGCAGAAUCCCCUCAAACGUUUCACUUUCUAGAAUCUCGGUCCGACGUCCCUCUCAAGCAAGAAUACAAACCUACGGUGACCCUUCUCAGUCGCAACCCGCCCUCGCGACAAUCUUCUUCGACGGUCGACGCGACCACAGCCGGUGUCAGGCGCCUAGGCUUGAAUCACGGCGCCGAAGACGACUCGGACGAUGGAUCGAAGCCGCCCGAGCCCAGCCCCGAAGAACGCCACGCCAUCGCCUUGCGCAACCGAGAGGAGAAGCAACGUAAAUACGAAGAAGUACGCGAGAGACUCUUCGGAAGCCCCUCCGCAACCACUUCAGGUGCAUCUUCCCCGCGCAGUGAGACCCCGCCUAAACAGAACGAGGGCCGAGGCAAAGGUCGGAGUCGCGGGAACGGCAGAGACAACAAUAACAACAAGAGAGAUUCCUCUAGUGCAUCGGGCAAGUCGAGACAACUCUACGACCCAGGGUCUCCUGCCAAGCAGAACUCGUCCUAUGUGCCACGGAAAGAGAGACCCCAGACGGGGGAUCGGGGUGCAAACGACCCGUCAUCUCCCCGACAGCCGAUCCGCAGCCCGCGAGGUCCGGAUGCUAGUGGCAGAGCUGGUUUCCGGUCUGGCAGCCGGGGUGCGAGAUUGGGUUAA